GCCCGCGGACACACACAAGAUGGCGGCGGCGGCGGAGGCAGCGAACGGCGGCGGGUUGCUCUGACAGGCUUCGGCCCUGCCCGCCGCCAUGUUGGUGAGGGCGGGAGCGGCGGCGGCGGCAACAGCCACCACCCUACCCGGGCUGCGCCGGCUGUGGCGGGGCGGGGGGAACGGGGCCGCCGCCUGCUUCCCGCUGGGCCGGGCGCUGCUGGACGUGCGGGGCGCCGAGGCCGCCCUUCUCCUGCAGGGCCUCCUCACUAACGACGUCACGCGGCUGGUAGCGGGGGACGGGCCCCUCCCCGGCGCCGCGGCUCUGCCGCGCGCGCUCUACGCGCAUGCGCUCAACGUCCAAGGCCGCUGUCUCUAUGACGUCAUCCUCUACAGGCUUCACGAGAAUCCAGAAGAAGAGCCGCGCAUCCUGCUGGAGUGUGACAGCGGCGUGCUGGAUGCCAUACAAAAACAUCUGAAACUGUACAAGAUCCGGAGGAAAGUAAACAUCAGCCCUUGCCUUGACCUCUCUUUGUGGGCCAUCGUCCCUGGGGAGAGGGCUGGAGACAUUGCCGGUUCCCUCGCUAAAUGUGCAGACCAGGCUCUGAUCUCAACUCCUGACCCCAGAACAGAAGUUAUGGGCUGGAGACUGAUUACAAAGAAAGGAGCAAAUCUAUCGGAGAUUAUCCCUGGGAGUCAGAUUGGAAAUAUUCAGGAUUACCACAGGCACAGGUAUAAGCAAGGAAUUCCCGAAGGUGUGAAGGAUCUCCCUCCUGGAGUAGCCCUCCCGCUGGAAUCAAACCUGGCCUACAUGAAUGGCAUCAGCUUUACCAAAGGCUGUUACAUUGGACAGGAGUUGACAGCCAGGACCCACCACAUGGGUGUCAUUCGCAAACGUCUGCUGCCAGUCCAGUUUUUGGCUCCUCUUCCCAGGGACAGCAUUCCCGAGGGUGCUGAGAUCUUAACUGAAUCAGGAAAGUCAGCCGGGAAGUUCCGGGCUGGAGGAGGUGAUCUUGGUAUAGCUUUGCUGAGGUUAGCUAAUAUAAAUGAACCACUCUGCCUAAAUAUAGCAGGUGAUAAAGUGAAGCUCACUGCAAGUAUACCCGAGUGGUGGCCAAAACCUGCUAGUAAAUAAAUGAGGAACCACCACUUUCACGUUUGCCUUAUUGAGAAUAUAUUCUGUGUGUUAAGUUUGGGAAGGCGACUCUGCCUUCAGCUGUUGUUUGGGGUGUUUGAUGGGGGCGGCGUUGCAGGAUUCUUCAAACCGGGACUGAACAGCAGGAACCCAAAGCCAGCGGCGGGUCGCUGAGGACAGGAGGAUAAUGUGUUACACGUUGUGGAGAGGCCCAUACAGAGUACACAGGGGAGCGCACCUUUUCCCAAGGGUACCCCAUAUUUAUUGAGGGGUGCCACACACUGUUGGGUUGGACUGAAUUUUUGGUCCACCACUGUGCUCCGCGUAGGGCACAGUGUGUGCUCAGACUGAAGCGAGCAGUGCGAGCAGGAGCUUCCCCAUUGUAUUCGCUGAAUGAUUUUUUUCAUAAUAACCAUUCUGUGGUAAUAUAACGUGUUUUUUUUUAAUGGAGAGCAUGCUGCUCUUACCUUGCAUAAGAUACAUACUCAGGAUAAAGCGUUCACUGCAAAAUACUCCUUGCAUUGAGCUUCUUAAACUUGCUGAUUGGGUGGGUGUUUUUUCCCCACCACUAACUGCUAAUCGUGUUCAGGAAGAGGAAUACCUUGUACUCAACAUAUCAGACCUUGAUUUUAAUUAGCCAUUAUUCCUGGUGGAAAAGUUCACAAACAUCCCAGUCCUGUCCCCUGCUGCAGUGCCGGCAGAGGGAGCACAGCCAGCAGCAGCCGGCUUCUCUGCUGCUCCUGCCCUCGGUCAUGCAUGCUUCUUUUGCUCAAACAACCGUUUCAGAGAGGAAGGUGAGAUUUUUACAGAAAUAAGGCACACUGGUGCGUACCCUGGGGUGACGACUGGAUUGGUGUGCUGGUGCUUGGCAGAAUAUUCUCUCGCUAGAAGCACGUCCCCUCCAGUUGCCAACAACAGUUGAGGGAUCUAUUUUUUUGAGGGGCAUCUCUGCUCUGUCAUCUUGUAGAAAAAUCCUCUGUGCUUCCCUGAAGCCUUUGGUUUCCUCAGUCCCUCCACAAAGCCAGUGAAGGGACAGUGUGUCCCCAUCUCAGACCUCUGCUCGUUCCCUCAGCAUUAAGCUGCAGUCUCUGGAGAAGGGGUUAAUGCCACACGUGCUCUACCACCACCGCUUGUUCUGAGAGCUCUGUAGCCCUCCUACAAAAACCCGUCCCCGCUGCCAUCUCUGAGGUCUUCUCCAUCCACCAUCCCAUGUAGACCAAAAAAACCCCAACCUCUUGCAUGCAUAUUUCUGACAAAAACCGUCCCAAGCGAAUUCUGCCAAUGUUCCGCUGUUACCAUUACUGUGAAAGGAAUUUAUCUGUGAAAAGUGCUCAUAUUGGAUAAAACUCUUUAUGCUUGCUGUAAAAUGAGUUUGUGGAAUAUCUGAUUAAAAGUUUAUUGCAUCAA